UUUGCCUGUUGUUGGCUGCCAAGAAGAACUUCCAAGCGUGCGCAAGUUUAGUUUCAACUUCCCCAGAGCUCUUUCUGCACAGUCCCGGCUGGCCAGGAAGCCUGCUCUGACAGAGGCUGCUCACCAGAAGAAGAGCAUCUAGGAAUGACUGCCCACACCAUCGUGACGAUCCAGCCGAAGUGUGGCGCGCCCACUGCCUUGCGGUACAAUUGGCAGACGGGGCUGAUGGACUGCUGCUCCGACUGCGGCGUCUGCUGCUGCGGGAUGUUCUGCUUCCCCUGCCUCGCCUGCCAAGUGGCCGGGGACAUGAACGAGUGCUGCCUGUGCGGGACCAGUGUGGCCAUGAGGACCCUCUACCGCACCAGAUACAACAUCCCGGGGUCCAUUUGCUCUGACUUCUGUAUCACCCUGUGGUGCCCUGUGUGCUCCGUUUGCCAAAUGAAGAGAGACAUCAACCGCAGGAGGGAGCAGGGCAUAUUCUGCAGCCUGAGCAAGACACCCACUUCAGAAACACCUGCAGCAUCUUUCUCUCAUGGCUUUUCUUUCCAGACUGCAAACUGCCUAGACGGACCUAACGCUGUGCUGGCAAUGGAUCCUCAAAAUGUGGUUGUGGUCCAGCCCCAGUUUGCAGUUGUCCAACAGCCAGGCCAGUGGCAGACUGGGUUGAUGGACUGCUGCUCCGACUGCGGCGUGUGUCUUUGUGGAAGCUUCUGCUACUUCUGCCUGGGGUGCCAGGUGGCUGGGGACAUGAAUGAGUGCUACCUGUGUGGGGACAGCGUGGCCAUGAGGACCCUCUACCGCACCAGAUACAACAUCCCGGGCUCCAUUCUGAGUGACUUUUUCUCCAUCUGGUGCUGCCCCGUGUGCUCACUCUGCCAGCUGAAGAGAGACAUCAACCGCAGGAAGGAGCAGGGCAUAUUCUGGUAA